AUGGCGAGGUCUUCCAGAGUGCUGUUGGCAGGAGCGGCCAGGGGGGCCGCGGGCGCUGCCACCGGAGGCCAUGCAGGAGACGCCAGGGGUGCAUGCGGGCUCCGCCACCGGAGGCCAUGCACGCGGACUUGGACACCGGAGGCCAUGCACGAGCACGCGGACUCCGUCCCCUGCCCUCGCUCCGCGCCGUCGUGCUCAUCCCCGCUCUCGCUCGGCGCCGUCGGACUUGGACAUGGUCACAUGGAGGCACGACACGGGGCAUGGAGGCACCGUCGUGCUCGUCCGAGCUCCAGCCGGCACGGGUUGGGCCGAGGGCAUGGAGGCGACGUGCAGGGUGGAGCCGACGUCGCCGGCGUGGAUCUGGAGGUGGGGGCGACCUCGUCGGCGUGGAUGGCGGAUCUGGAGAUAGCGUGGGUAGACACGGCAGGGGAGCCCGGGGCGGCGGCGGCGUGGGGCGACAUGCAGGGUGGAGCCUGGAGCGGCGGCGGCGCUUCGCCGGGGUGGCGUCCGGGCUUGUCUCCUCGGAGCCGAUUUUCUCUCUCUUCGUUUCCUCUCUACAGAGGCAUUCCGAGGGGGAGAAGCUACAUUUUUUUCUCCUGCGGCUCCGGCUACGGUGUCACUACAGUGCCGCCAUGCCGUCUUAUUACGGUCAGACUGGCAAGCAGGGAUGGCCAGCAACAGCAAGGACGUAGGAGUAUGCGCGCGCCUCGUGAGGAGAUGGAUCUCUUCCGUGAGCAGUCCGUCGUCAACACACGACACGUGCCUCCCGUCACGCCGUGCCGGGAUCAUCGGCUAAGCUCAGCCCCGCAUCUUUUAUCUUCUACUAGUAAUCCUAAUCACUAG